UUGUCUUUAAGCCGCUUGAAGGCAUUAUUUGCAGUCGGUCGUAAAAACGAACCGGGUGUCUAUGUAAGUGAGGUGGUGAAAGGAGGAGCUGCCGAAGCAGACAACCGCUUAAUGACGGGAGAUCAGAUUCUUGCGGUUAAUGGACAAGAUGUGGCAAAUUCCAUGCAAGAAGACGUAGCGGCAAUGUUGAAGACGUGUGUUGGGCGAGUCUGUCUCAAGGUUGGACGGUGGAAAAUUACAGAGACAGCCAAUCGUGUGCACGCGGCAGCAGAAGCUGCCUUGGCUAGAUCGCAAACUACACCUAGGCCGGACGACUCACGCGCAUCAGCUUCAUCUGAACGAAAAGAAGUGCCAUCACCAACGCCUCCGAUUCGACCGAUCAUUACUCAUACUUCUCCAGAAGGAGAAGCUAUAGCUGAAGCAGAUGUUCACUUGUCGCCCGUUACUGAAGAGCCGAGUAGUGGUACAGAUCAGCGAAGUAUCCAAGACGAGGAUCGACACCCGCAAGGGAUGGAAUUGUUGAAAGAUCUCAAAGAGGAAGGAAGUGACACAUUCUUAUUAGAGUUAAAGAAGGUGGGGUCAACUUAUAUUAUACCCAAUUUUUUUUCUGGAAAAAAGAGUAGUAGAAAAGAAUUUAAUUUAAGGUAUUUAAUCCCAGAUCAACAGCUGGGAAUGGGCAUUGGUAAGCGCUCUCGAGGGAUUUUGGUUACUUCGUUGCAACCGGGUUCAGUUGCUGCCGAAAAAUUGAAAGUUGGAGAUCGAAUACUUGCCGUCAAUGCAUUGCCUGUCACUGAUCAGCUCUCGGCCGUAACAUUCGUAAAAGCAAGCGGCCCUCGACUAUUUCUACAAAUUGCUCGGCCACGAACAUCUCCUCAGUAG